GUCCCGGCUCCUCCCGCCUGCAGUUGCAGUGACAGGCGAGCCGGGCCCGGUGGCGGAGAGGAAGUGCGGAGCCGCCGCGCCGAGCCCGUCCCCGCCGAGGCCGGCUCCCCCGGGCGGCUCGGGUGACAGUGUCGCGGCCGCCGGGCGCAGCGCGGGGCACGCGCCAGGCAGAGCCGAGCGCCGGGCGGACGCUGCAGCAGAGACGCGGGGAAAAUGGCUGAUGACUUUGGCUUCUUCUCGUCGUCGGAGAGCGGGGCUCCCGAGGCGGCCGAGGAGGACCCGGCGGCUGCCUUCCUGGCCCAGCAGGAGAGUGAGAUCGCGGGCAUAGAGAAUGACGAGGGCUUCGGGGCAGCUGCCGGCAGCCAAGCGGCCCUCGCGCAGCCGGGACCCGCGAGUGGGGCAGGUUCUGAGGACAUGGGGACCACAGUCAACGGAGAUGUGUUUCAGGAGGCUAACGGUCCAGCUGACGGCUAUGCUGCAAUCGCCCAGGCCGACAGGCUGACGCAGGAACCCGAGAGCAUCCGCAAAUGGAGAGAGGAGCAGCGGAAACGGCUGCAAGAGCUGGAUGCUGCCUCCAAAGUGAUGGAGCAGGAGUGGCGGGAGAAGGCCAAGAAGGACCUGGAGGAGUGGAACCAGCGCCAGAGUGAACAAGUGGAGAAGAACAAGAUCAACAACCGGAUCGCUGACAAAGCAUUCUACCAGCAGCCAGAUGCUCAUAUCAUCGGCUACGUGGCAUCUGAGGAGGCUUUUGUGAAGGAAUCCAAGGAGGACACCCCAGGCACAGAGUGGGAGAAGGUGGCCCAGCUGUGUGACUUCAACCCCAAGAGCAGCAAGCAGUGCAAAGAUGUGUCCCGCCUGCGCUCGGUGCUCAUGUCCCUGAAGCAGACGCCGCUGUCCCGCUAGGAGCCUGCCACCAGCAUGGCCGCAAAGCAGGGGCCGGGCCGGGCAGAGGAGGAGCAGCUGUUUUGGCUGGGGUUGGGGGGGAUGCCUCCAGCAGCUGCUACACAGCCUAUUCCGUUCCUCCCCAUCUCCCGGGGCUGGGAAGGGGAACCCUCACCCCCUCACCCCUUGUUCCCUCACGGCCCUAUGCCCUAGCCCCUCACACUUUCAGUCCACAAAAUUGUGACUGGCCUUCCUGAUGUAUUUUUUUGUCUUGGCUUAAAGGGUGUGUUGUUAA